GUCUCGAACCUUUUCACGAGUCUUGACUUUGUUCCACAGCCACAUGAUGAAUCCUCUGAUCGUUGUUGUCGUGGUUGUGGAUGAACUCGCUUCACCAAUUUUCUUCGGUGCUGAAUUUUUCUUCGACGUUUUUGUGCUCUCUUUGUAUAUCCUGUCUAAUCGAUGAAGGUAGAAUGGGGAUUUCAGGUGAGGGAUUGGUGAGGCAUGGAUGGCGCGGUUAAGCUGUUUGGUGAUUGCUUGGAGUUCGUAUGAGUCGAGCAGGUUGCUGCUGCGGCUGCCGCCUUUGUGGUGUGGGCUGAGUUUGGAGAUGGAGCUCCUCCGGCCGGCAUUGGGCGGGGAAGUUUCCAACUGGAAUUCCAUUUGGAGGGUGUUGUCUGGAAAUAGUUUGAUUAAUAAGAGCUCAUACAAUUUCCGUCAAAAUCAUAGAGGCAAAGUGCAUCUCAUCAUUGUAUACCGCGACAAGGCUGCACCAUCAAUAUUUCAAGCCACGGCGCGCACCAAGGUGCCACUUAAAACUAUGAAUUAUUAAACUAACUAACAGAAUACGAGAUCUAUGGCAUCCAAUGCUGCAAUUUGCGAACAAAGCAAACUUAAUGUUUCUAUUAGUAAGUGUUAGUGGCCAUCUCACAUAAAAGUUUAAAGUUAUCAUAUGCAUUACUAUAUACAUAUCGCGUGCAAGGUGGGUUUGCGACACAUACGAAUCUUGCAUGUGUACAAUUUUCCGAAAGGGCAAAGUCGGACUCAAAUACGGGACGUCCC